AUGUUCACUCCACGCAAAACCUCUUCGGCUUCGCUGGUUGAAGCCAGAAUCCCACGCACACAUAAAACCACCGUGAUGUGGACGUCACAACAUCCAGAGUACAACAUCAACGAGGACCUCCCACGCUUCACGCGCGGUCCCAACGGCAGUCGCCUCGCACCUGUGUCACAGUACAACAGCGCAGCAGGCCGCGAGCUUGCCCAGGAACACACCACCGGACAGACCAUGGGCAGCGGGAGUGCAUUCCAGAACAACCUUCCGGGCACGACACCCUCCACCAAUGCAGAACCUACCCGUCCGCGCAACUUCUCACUGACACUAUCGUCCACGCAUAAACACUGUGGCCGUGACGCACUCCCGUCGCAAAACCCGCUCUUCAGCCCGUACAUCGUCUCCCACGACACAUCCCACGCCUUCAUCGCAACCGGGCGUCCCGUACCCAUUCACCAUCCUAUUUCCCCAACCGCAUCCGUUUCCCAAGUACCGCCACCACCCACGCAGAAGAAAAACAAUGACACGCCCUGCCCCCUCUGCAACCAAACCUCUUCCAGCCCCUCACCCUCCUCCACCUUCUCCCACAUCUGCAGGGAGUGCAAGCGCUUCGUCUUCCUCCCCCCGCCAGCAGCGCACUUCGCUGUCGCUGCGCUGCAGCCGACUAAACCGCAGCCGCCGAUUCCGCCGAGGAAGAAUAUACCCCAGGCGUUGAAGUGUGUAGGGUGCGUUGCGGUCCCGGGGUACUUGGUGGAGGAGUUGGACCGGGUGUGCGCAGGGGAGGAGAUGGCAUGUCUGAUUUGCGGAUGUUUGAGUCGGGAGGGCAUUGCGGAGUUGGGGGCUGGCGGGCUUGCUGGUCUUGGUGCGAGUGGGAAGAUGAAGGCAUGGUUAGAAGCUGUCGCUGCUCCGAGACAGGGUAGGGAUGGUGGAAGUGGUGGAGUGGAAAGGAGUCCGAGCGAGCCUUCGGGGAGUGCGCUGGCCGAAGAUGUAGUUGCGUCUAGGUCUGCGGCAAAGGGUGCGAGUCUAAGACGGACGGGCGCCGUGAAGAGGGGGAAGGAGCGGAUGGACAGGGCGGGGAGGGCUACUCCUGGGAGGGGAAAGCCCUGGGUGCACACCAACCCUUUUCUUGAAGAUGUUUCUUAUAUCCGUGGGAGUGAGCAGAUGGGGGAAGAGAGGGGUCUCUCCGCGUCUUCUAUGGGUAGCUUUUGGCUUGCGGGACGAGGGUCUGCAAGCAUUGGUGGCGAAUAUGGGAGGGGAAGGGGUCCAGGUUGUGGCACUCGGCUUGGAGAUGCUGGUCAUAGAGGUGGUGCAGAAGCGGGACAUGAUAGCUCACCACCUGUGAAGGAGAUGGCCGUUGCAAGUCUGCGAUUAGGAGCUUGCGCAGUGAGGAAAUAUACGUUUCAGCGGUUAGCAAGGCUGUUCGAAGGCGGGAAUGCUCAGGAUUGUUCUGGACGCUCAAGACGUGGUUGGCUCGGAAGUACACCCCAUACAAAGGCCAUGGGCCGCGUACCUCGCAACGCCAAACUACGUGAUGGCUCCAACACUCAUCGGGAUGUCUGCGCCCUGGUGGAUGCGACCUGUUGGAUUAGAAACUGGAUGGUUCGAGAGAUUGUGCUCACACAAAAAUGGCUCGUCAUGUGUCGCGAAAGAUCCAGAAGGGCUCAAAUGCCUGAUGCGAUUCUGCAAGAAAGAAAAAUCGAAGCCUCCAAUCUCAAGCAGCAGGGCCUCCAAGAUCGUAGAGGGACGAAAGCUCUUCAAGAAACACAAGGCCUGUUCACUUAUCAACCUCCACUGCCGAUUCCUGCGGGAAGAGGGGACCAAGGAGGCCGUAUGGGUACUAGAAGAUGUGUUGUGCUCUUUGUCGGGUAA